GCAGCCUAGUCCGGCCACCCCUACUCUUGUCUGGGAGGAUUCUGGAGUCCAGCCCUGUAAGCUCCGCCCUUCUCCGGGACCCAGAUGUCCCGCUUUACCAGCUCCGCCCUUCUCAGGUCCCUGGAGCGCUCUGCCCAUCCCCCUCUUCUCCAGGACCCAGGUGUCCGGCUCCACAAGCCCCUUCCUUCUCCGGACCCAGGUGCGCUCCCCCCAUUCCCCUUUUCUCCGGGACCCAGGUGUCCGGCUCCACAAGCCCCGUCCUUCUCGGGACCCAGCCCCAGACCUGUGUUCACCACCUACUCUCGCCAGAGCUACCCAGGAGGGAGCCCGCAGAUCGUGAGCGGCUCCAAGACCAGUCGGUGUGUCCCAUCCCUCUUUCCAGGACGAAGUGUGACGUAAGAUAUCAGCCAUGGCGGUGACUGUGACUCGAACCACCGUGACCACUACCACCACCUCUUCUGGCCUGGGCUCACACACCAUAGUGGGAUCUCCUCGGGCACUGACAUCCAAGCUGGGCCUCCUGCGCCUGCUGCAACUGGUGUCCACCUGUGUGGCCUUCUCCUUAGUGGUCCAUGUGGGCGCUUGGGAGGGGGUCAUGGGCCACUGGGCUAUGUUUGCCUGGUGCUUUUGCUUUGCCAUGACACUGGUGAUUCUGAUAGUAGAGGUGGGUGGCUUCCAGCCCCGAUUCCCACUGUCCUGGCGUAAUUUCCCCAUCGCCUACGCCUGCUAUGCCACCCUGCUCUGCCUCUCCGCCUCCAUCAUCUACCCUACCACCUAUGUCCAGUUCAUGGGCCAGGGCCAAAGACGAGACCACGCCAUCGCAGCCACCUUCUUCUCCUGCGUGGCCUGCCUCGCCUAUGCCACGGAGGUGGCCUGGACCAGAGCCCGGCCGGGGGAGGUCACAGGUUACAUGGCCACAGUCCCUGGACUCCUCAAGGUCUUUGAGACUUUCGUGGCCUGUAUCAUCUUUGCCUUUGCCAGCGACCCAUCCAUCUACCGGCGUCAUGCUGCCCUGGAAUGGUGUCUGGCUGUCUACUGUAUCUGCUUCAUCCUCUCUGCUGUGGCCAUCCUCCUGAGCCUGGGUGAUUGCACAGGCCAGCUGCCCAUCUCGUUCCCCAGCUUCCUCACGGGCCUGGCCGUGCUGGCGGUGGCCCUCUACGCCUCAGCCCUGGUGCUUUGGCCCCUCUAUCAGUUCGAUGACCGCAAGGGUGGCAGGCCCCGGAGGAGGGAAGAUUCUGGCUGCCCCAUGCACCACGCCUUUGAGGUGUGUGAUUGGGAUCGAAGGCUCACGGUGGCCAUCCUCACCGCCAUCAACUUCCUGGCCUAUGUGGCUGACCUGGUAUACUCGGCCCGACUGGUCUUCAUUAGAGUGUGAGGUGGCCGGCAGCCUUAGCCGCUCCACUUCCAGGCUCCUUGUCCUUCUUUUUCCUUUCUUUGGUCCCCGUUGCUGCUUUUCUCACUGCCUGCAUUUCCUUCUUUCCCACCAGCUCUUGGCCUCCUCUUUCUCCUUUCUCCUGCCCUUCUGUCUGUUCCAACUUCCCUCUAAAGAGGUGCUGAGCUUCUUACCCUGGCCCAACCCCCAGAAGCUGUUCUGGGGUCAAGCCCUGCCCAGGGCCAUGGGUUCCCACUGCCAAAGCAUGUUGGUCCUCCUGCUCCCCUCCCUGCCUGGUCCUGUGUGCCUUAGCCUGUGUGAGUGUUGGGAGAGCUGGGGAGGGCCAUGGCAGCCUCCUUCAUCCUCCUCCUGCCCGACUGGAGGUGCUCUCUGUGCCAAAUGGAACCCCCUCUUCCGACUGAACAAUGGAGCCCAAGAGAGACCUGGGACUCUCAAUAGGAGGGAGGGAGGGCUCAAGCCUCAAGUACUGCUCCACCUUGGUCUCCAUCUUCACAGCACCAGCUGUGGCUCCUCCUGGAAAAGUUCCUCUUCCUACCUGGGGAAAGGGAAGGGAGGAGAGUCAGCACCAGCCCUGCCCAUCUGCCUUGGACCUUUCUGGUCUCAGGGAAUGUCAGUAAAGACUGAGAUGCAAGGGUCAGAAGCACCUGUAGUCUUGGCUUUCCUAAAGACUCACAGGCUGGUGGGAGGGAUUUGGAGGACCAGAGAGCAAGGAGCAAAUGUUCUCUUCCCAACCUCUUCCUCUCCCAUUCCCCCAUCGGGGUGUGUGUGUGUGUGUGUGUGUGUGUGUGUGUGUGUGUGUGUGUGUGUGUGUGUGUGUGGUGUGCUCAUGCUCACCAGUGUUUUUGCUGCAGAUCCUGAGCACUCCCCCCCAAUUGCUUCAUCUGGGGAGGUGAUGUUGGGCUGUGUUGGAUGUGAUGAUGUAUUUACUGACUUGCCCCUCCUCCCCACACAUCUGCAAUUAGUGUCUGCAAUUUUUUUUACCUCAAUAUAAAGAUCACAUAUGAA